AUGUCUUUAGAGCCAAGACCAAUCCUCGCAAAAGAGGUUGAUUAUAUGAAGAAAGUUGCUAGUGUUGUUGGGGCUGUGGACAGAUCAUUAAGUAAAGCAGGUAAUUCGAGUUCAACGACGCUUACUGGAGUAAGGAAGGAAUUACAUAAACACUUUGAUGAGGAAGAACGGAAUAUAGCCGAACGACAAAUGAAAUCGGCUCAAAUCAGUAGAAGAUUAAAACAAAGAGAAGCUAUUGAAAAUGCUUUGGAAAAGAAAGUAGUUAGGCCACAAACUAGUACCUCAAGUUUCAAGACUAUUGAAAGAGAUAAUGCUCCGAUAUAUAAGGGAGACAAACAUAAUCAAACAACACCUGGUCAAUAUGAUGUCAAUUAUUCUCUAGUUGACAGGAAGGAUUUUACUUUGAAAUGGGUCCCUCCUAAAGUUGAAACAGACAUAAUAGACGAAAAUUACAAAUACUAUCUGGAAGGAGAGAAACUGUCAACGAAUGAUGGAAAGGGAACUACAAAUGGUUUCUUAUCAAAAACUGGAAGAACCGAAAAUAAGGUCAAUUUCAAAUAUGAAAACGAAUUUUUAGAUACAUUGGAUAAAUACAACAAGUUUAAAUUUAAGGAAGACAGAUCUACAAUAGUGUUGGAGAAAGGAGUUGAUAGAAACAAAGCCUUAGAACUCUACAAGAACAAGAAUGAAGCUCAAACAGUAGAUCUACUAUAUGAAGUGGUGAAUCCAGACACUUACAAACCAAAAUUGGCAAAUGGAAUAUUACCAUUUGAUAGUUAUAGCGACAGAAAAACAGCUAGAAAGGGAUCUAAAAUAGGUACAGCUCUCAUCCAAACUGACAUAGAAAAUAAUACACAAUCCAAGCUUCCAAAUUGGAGUGUUCUCCAACAUUCAGAACCAAACGCAAUUCAACAAUUGUCAAUAUCAAAAGGCACAGAAAAGCCAAUGUAUGAGAGAGUGGUGGCAUUGGAUAAGCAAACAGGAAGAGACAAUAUGCCUGAGUACAAGAAAAUGUUGUGGACUCCAAUAGCCUACUAUAACAAACUCAAUGCCUCAGAAUACCAAAAGAAACGAGAUGCAGAGCAAGAGGUGGAGAGGUUUAAAAAAGACAAGAAGAAUGGAGGAGAGUCACUGAGCCUCAAUAGUGAAAUGCAUGCCUAUUCAAAAACACAUCACAAUAUUCCAUUCACAACCUAUAUGGAUAAACAAUUAUCGAGACCUAAAUUUAUUGUGAAACCUCAACCAUGGAAUGAUCUCGAUUUUUAUGAUACUAAUCAAAUCGAAACUUCAAAGAAUGAGAGAAUUAAGAAUAUUUCGUGUAUGCCUCGAAAGAGAAAAGGUGAAGCACAAGAGGAAGCGAUUAAAAUGGAUGACUCCUAUAAAUUUUAUCAAGUAGAUCCAAGGUGGGGAAAACCAACACACGGUUUCGAAAAGGAUACUGGUAGAGACAACUGUAAAGCACCAAUCAUUAUGCGUUAUACUAAGGAAUCAACGGAUGUUUUCUAUGAUGCUAAUCGAAGUCAAGUUGAGGAUAGAAUUAAGGGUGAUCCACAAAUUAAGAAUCAAUUACCAAGAGACCAGAAUAGGUCUAAACUAUUCAAAGCUCAGCAUAAUUUUCAAAUGGAACCAAAUCAAAACUAUGAAACUGCAAGACCUGGAUACAACUUGAAGAAGGGUUUUGUUGAAUAUAAUAGAUCAAAUACCAGCCGAACCGUCACUUCAAGAAUAGCUGUAAAUAGACCACCCAACCAUUUGGCAGAUGACGGAAAGAAUGAGUAUCCUACAGUGGGUACCUAUGAACCAACAUUCUCAGUAACAGAAAAAGUUCCAGUAGCUUUCUCAUUCUCAAAGAGUGGAAUGUAA